AUGUCACAAUUUAAUGCUGCCCAGUUGUUGUCGGUCGAAGGACUGGUUGUCGUCUUAACCGGUGGUGGCACAGGAUUGGGCCGUUCAACAGCCCUUGCCCUGGCCGAAAACGGUGCCGCAAAAGUCUUCAUCCUCGGCCGUCGAGAGGAUGUGUUGCAAGAGACACGGUCUCUUGGCAAAAAAGAUACUAUUGUUCCAGUCCAGGUGGAUAUAACAUCGAAAGAGUCUUUGCAGGCAGCCUAUGAGACUGUCGCAGCACAGACAGAUUAUGUCGACGUACUCAUCGCCAACAGCGGCUAUGGAGGCCUGCCAAUGGCACCGCCAAAGCCAAAGCCGGACGGGUCAAUUCCCAGUCUUGCUGAGUUCCGAGAUCAUCUUUGGUCCUCCCCAGAAGAAGAUUUCGGAAAGCUCAUGGAUAUCAACGUGAAAGGGACGUUUUUCACGGUUGUUGCAUUCUUGUCCCUGCUCAACGCAGCAAAUGAGAGACGACCGGCUCCCGUAAUGGACGAACUCCCAACACCAAAGGCACAGGUUAUCAUAGUUGGUUCGGUAGCCGGUCAUUUUCGAGCCGUGCCUUAUAGCAUCGCAUAUAAUAUCUCCAAGGGUGCAGUGCAUCACCUCAUCAAGACACUGUCCAACAUUCUCACACCGUACGAUAUCCGUGUAAAUGGUAUAGCACCGGGGUUGUUUCCUUCUGAGAUGACGAAGAUAGCGUUUGGGAUCACCAAGUCAUCAGCCUCGGAUGGUGCCUUUCCCAAGAGUGAACUGCCUCCCGGUCGCGCUGGUCGCCAUGAAGAGUUUGCAGGCUUGGUUCUCUGGAUGGCUAGUCCCUCUGGGGCAUAUGCCAAUGGCAAUAUCACAGUCAUCGAUGGGGUUUGGCUGAGCACGUUGCCAAGUUGUUAG